AUGUCGAUAAGAAACCCACCAAAGAACUUGUACAGGGUGAUUGCUGGUUGCGUCUGGGUCUUUACAACGGGACUGACGGAUGGUGUGUUGGGUGCGAUCUUACCAUACAUGGAGACAUACUAUGGGAUCUCUUAUGCAGUUGUCUCGUUGAUUUGGCUGGGAAAUGCAAUCGGUUACAUUAUCAUUGCGUUCACGGCCCAUAUGAUCGAUUCUAAACUUGGGAUGCAGAAAUCUUUGACAUUGAGCGUUGCUGGGUUUAUCAUAAUGUACAGCUUAGCAUCAUCUGGAACGCUAUUCCCAGUGAUUGUUAUUGGGUUUUUUUGCGGUGGACUAGGUGGUGCUAUCGGAUUAUCACAGUUCAAUAUCUUCUUGGCGAAGCUACUGAACGGUGCACAUUAUCUCGGUAUAUUCCAUGGUACCUAUGGCCUAGGUGCAUUCAUAGCACCACUGAUCGGUACAGCGAUGGUGAACCAUCACAUCAAAUGGCACUUUUUCUAUUUCAUACCCUUAGCAUUAGCAUGUCUAAAUGUGGUCUUCACACCUUGGGCCUUCAAUAAUUGUCAUGAAGACUUGAAGAAAUGGGAAACUGUUGAGCUGGAACCUUCUAACGCACCUUCUUCGAGUCCACAAGAUGAAUCUAUUCCACUUGAGACCGUUAAGGAUGAUGUUCAGGAAAUUACUAAUGAAGAGCCUAAAAAGCCAGAACAGAAACAUGAUUUUAAAGCAGCCUUCAAAGAUUAUAGAACUUGGCUUGUAUGCUUUUUCAUUUUUUUCUACCAAGGCUCAGAAGUAUCACUUGGUGGAUGGACAGUGACUUUCCUACUGGAUUACAGACAUGGCAACCCAGAAAGUACUGGAUACAUUGCAUCCGGUUUCUGGGGAGGUGUUAUGAUUGGGAGAUUUGUCCUUACGACCAUUCUAUCGCGUAUGUUUAGCGUGAGAAGAGCCAUUGUUGUCUUGAUGAUCUUGAUCAUGAUCUUGGACUUUUGCGUUUGGUUUAUUCCAAAUACCAUCGCUGCUGGCGUAUGCCUAUCCUUUAUUGGGCUUUUGAUAGGCCCGAUUUAUCCACUUAUGAUCUCGUUGAUCACGAGAAUCCUCCCAAGAAAGAUCAGAUUCUGCUCAAUGACUCUUGGAACUGCGUUUGGAUCUUCGGGUGGUUCUGCUGUCCCGUUUGCCGUGGGUAUGGGCAGUGAGUUUACGGGAACGUAUAUCUUACAUCCUAUUGUGCUUGCAUGUUACUUAGGAAUGAUGGCCACUUGGCUUUGCAUGCCAAACAUUGAGAGAAAAGGUGCACAAACAUCAUGGCUACAAAGGCUCUGGUAG